AUGAAGCUCGUGCACGUUUCUUUCGCGCUUGCCGCCUUCCUCGGCACCGUAGUUGCUCAGGGCAUGGAUGGUCUGCCAGAUUGCGCGAAAGAUUGUGCUACUGGUUCGAUUCCCAAACACUGUGGAAUUAAUGCCGGUUGUAUUUGCUCAGACAAGUCCUUCAUCUCGGGUAUCUCUUGCUGUGUGUCCAGUAAGUGCUCGGAUGAUGAUCAGCAAGCUGCUCUCAAGUUUGCGAAGCAGAUCUGCACUGGAGUCGGCGUGAAGGACCUUCCCGACAGCGCUAGCUGCACAAGCGGAGAUUCCACUGCUACUGAAAAAUCCGCCAGCGCUACCGAGACCUCCACGGGUUCUGCAUCAUCAUCCACCGCGUCAGCCAAGACUAAUGAUGCAUCUACCACCAGUGCUUCGGAUACCUCCAAAGCUACUUCAGGAGCCUCCUCCAAGGCUGAUAGUAGCACCGGAAGCUCAACUUCUCCUUCAGAGUCGCCCACCGCUAGCACGGGUAGUGCUGCAGUCGUCCAUGGCAAAGAUACCAGUCUCAUUGCCGCUGUCAGUGCAGCCCUUUUUGCACUCCUUGCAUGA